AUGUCAGACACCAGAAAACCCUACAGAGGCACUAGCCGUUCCUUAGCCAUAGCACUCGAUGUGGGAACAACAUUCAGCGGCGUGUCAUAUGCGAUCCUCGAGCCAGGCGAGGUUCCCAAGAUACAUGGGGUAACGAGAUUCCCCGGUCAAGAACAUGUGGCCGGCAAUUCCAAGAUCCCCUCGAUCAUAUACUAUGAUAGAGAGGGCAAGAUGAUGGCUGCCGGAGCCGAGGCAGAAGGUGCAUCUGUCGAAGCGCAGGCAGAGGAUGAAGGGUGGACGAAAGCCGAACUGUUCAAGUUACGAUUACGUCCGAAGACCAUGAAGCUGCAGAUGAACGGCAUGCGGCUAAGUCCUCUACCCAACAAGAAAACACCCGUUGAGGUCUUCGGUGACUUCCUGGGUUAUUUGUUCCGCUGUACGCGGAGCUUUAUCGAGGACACCCAUGCAAACGGCCCUGCGCUCUGGCGAAACGUCAAGCACGACAUUCAGUUCGUCCUCAGUCAUCCGAAUGGCUGGGAAGGCGCUCAGCAGACGAAGAUGCGGCGCGCAGCCAUAUACGGCGGAUUGAUUCCAGAUACGGACGAAGGAAAGGCGCGCAUACGGUUCGUGACGGAGGGUGAAGCUAGUUUGCACGCAUGCGUCCUGAACGGAUUGGCUGCCGAUGUCCUGUCGGAUCCAUCAGGACAUGGUUUCAUAGUAGCGGAUGCAGGAGGUGGGACACUGGACAUCAGUUCAUAUGCGAUACGUGGUACAUCUCCGCUGGUGAUCGAGGAGAUAGCCCCACCAGACUGUAUCUUCGCGGGCUCCGUAUUUGUUAGUCGACGAGCGAGAGCCUUCCUCGAAGAGAAACUGAAGAACUCGAAAUAUGGCACCCCAGACUCUUUGGACCAUAUCACUCGCCGUUUCGACGAGACAACCAAGAGACUGUUCAGAGACAAGAAAGAUACUCAAUUCAUUCCGUUUGGCUCUCCUCUCGACAAGGACUUAUCAGUCGGCAUACGAGGAGGUCAGCUGAAGCUGAGCGGGGAGGAGGUAGCUCGGCUAUUUGAACCGUCGAUAGAGGCGGCUGUGCAGGCCAUCAAGUCCCAAAUGCAGGCUUCUACCGGAGUAGUCAAGUCUGUUUGGCUCGUGGGCGGUUUUGCGGCAAGCCCGUGGCUCUUCGGUCAAUUGGUAGAACGAUUGGCGCCUCUGAACGUGACUGUCAGCCGACCCGACAGCCAAACAUCGAAGGCGGUUGCUGACGGUGCCAUUGGAUUCUACUGUGACCACCACGUCUCUGCUCGCAUGUCCAAGUUCAUGUACGGUGUUGAGUACCUCCGGGAAUUCGAUCCUCACGACCCGGAUCACGUCGCCCGCCAGCACAGGAUGUGUGAACUUCCAUCCGGCCCCAAAUUGCUUCUUGAUGCGUUCGACUGCAUUUUAGCACGGAGCGUGCGUGUCAAAGAAUCAACAGUCUUCAGCAGAAAGUACUGCACAGAACUCACGAGUCUCUCGACGCUCUCUGUCUUUGAGGUUGAGAUCUGGUGUUACCGAGGCGGUGAUGUUGUUCCUAAGUGGAUCCUGCGCGAUUCAGAUGUAUUCUCCACGUUGUGUAUUGUCCGAGCAGACCUCUCGCCCUUGGCUGGAAGUGCGCAACCCAAGCAAGGGAAGAACGGCAAGACGUACUGGACCAUCGUGUUCAGCAUCGAGAUUCAUUUCGGCUUGACCGAGUUUAAAGCCAGAAUCAAAUGGGUCGAUAACGGCCUGAUCCAGGGCAAGACAAGAUAG